GUUAAUUGAAAGACAAAGCAAAGAGUUGAGAACCCAAGCUUGUGACGUUUGCUUUCAUCACAUUUAUUUCUAUCCCUCAAACUUAUAUAAGAAGCCAGAGCUCGCAUCCGCUACAAUCUGUAUUCCAUAUCUCUUCUUAUCCUUGCUCUUCCCCUCCCUUCCCUUACAAGAAAGGGGGAAGCAAAUGGCCGAAGAGGAGAUGCAGGAACCGGGCCUUUCUCGGCCGAAGAAGGGCUUAUGUCUCCUUCUUAUGUUCUUCGCAUUGAUUCUUUUAACGUCAUUCGCCUACUUUCUACUGUUUCCGAACUCCUCUGAUACCAACGUCACCUCCUGUCCUGCUUUCUUCAAUAUUGUUCCGGCAAUCAGUGGAAGGGCUCAGAGAGGUGUAUCAGUAGAACAAAAAAAUUCCUCGUAUAUUCAACUUCCGAGAAUGUCAUUGAAUGAUAGACAUAAAUAUUUACUGAAAGGACAAUGUGAUCUUUUUUCUGGACAAUGGAUAAACGAUCCUUCAGGACCUGCUUACACGAACGCUAGCUGCAAUUUCAUCCAACCACCUCAAAAUUGCAUGAAAAAUGGUCGGCCAGAUACAAAUUAUCUUUACUGGAGAUGGAAACCUUAUGAUUGUGAGUUGCCACCUUUUGAUCCAUUUAAAUUUAUGGAUGCCAUGAAAGAUAAAUCGAUGGCCUUCAUUGGGGAUUCAAUUUUUCGAAACCAAAUUCAGUCAUUGCUUUGCCUUCUCACCAAGGUCGAGGAGCCUGUUGAGGUCUACCAUGACAAGUUUUUCAGGUCCCGAACUUGGUACUUCGCCAAUUACAAUUUCACUGUUGGUGUCAUCUGGGCUCCAUUCUUAGUCAAGGCUGAGUUAUUUGAGGAUGAUGAAGGCAAAUCAAAAUCUGAUGUUGAGCUUCACCUUGACAUCCUUGAAGAUAAAUGGACUAGCCAAUACAAUAAAUAUGAUUAUGUGAUCUUCUCUGGUGGGCAAUGGUUUCUUAAAUCAAUGAUCAUUUGGUUGAAUAACACAAUUGUUGGCUGCCACAAUUGCAAAAACAACAACUUAAAGGAGCUAGGCAUCGAUUGCCCUUACCACAAAGCUCUCCAAACGGUUUUCGAGUUCAUGAUCUCUUCUGAUCACAAGCCUCUCAUCUUCUUUAGGACAUGGACGCCAGAUCACUUUGAGUAUGGAGAGUGGUUUAGUGGAGGGGUAUGCAAUAGAACUACUCCAUAUAGUGAGGGACAAUACAAAGGAAAGCCAAUAGACCAUGUGAUGAGAACAAUUGAAAUUCAGGAGUUUGAGAAGGCUGUAAGUAUGGCUUCACAGACUGGUGCUCGUCUAAAACUAUUAGAUACUUUUCAUCUUUCUGUUUUAAGACCUGAUGGGCAUCCAGGUCCUUACAGAACUUAUCAUCCCUUUGGUAAGGAUAAGAUUGCUAAAGUUCAAAAUGACUGCCUUCAUUGGUGCUUGCCAGGGCCUAUCGAUACAUGGAAUGAAUUGAUUGCGAAGAUUCUUGUUGAUGAAAGAGAUAUAAGCUCUAAUUGAUUGAGAUUAUAUCAGACUGUUACAUCUGCUAUGUAAAAUGGUGCUUGAUAUCUUUUACCUCUGCAUAUGCCAGUUCUUCUUUGUCCUUGCCUUCAAGCAUAUAGUGAUAUAUUUAUAUUUCCACUACUUUUUCAAGUCGAUUUGUCAUGUUCUGUUAUCGUACUAUUGUUGGUUAAGAAAUAAAAUAUGUUGCUUUUCCAUGAUAA